GACAAUAGUAACCAAAUUCAAAAAUAUUUGUGUACAUACGCCCUCGUUGAAUAUUCGGAUAUUCCUUUCUUAAUCUAGAUAUCUAGAUUUUUUUCUUGUGCCAAGACAGAAAAAGCCAGCUAAAACUUUCUUAGCAUUUCUAGAUUCUAGUAAACUUAUCAUAAAUGAAAUUGAGGGCCUUUUCUAGCCUUAACAAUGAUUUUACAACACCAGACAGACACUUGAGGAAUGUUCAGCUGAAAGGAGUAAACUGUGACACAUACACACAGCAGCCACUAGCAGAAGUUUUGACUAAGGAAAUUAAAGACAGUGGUCAAUGGAAAGUUGGCUCAUUUAAAACCUUCUCUGAUACCCCUAUUGAAAAUAAGAAACAUCAUCAACUGACAGGAGAAUUAAAUGAACAGGACAAUCUUCAAAGCAAAAUUAGUCCUGGUUUAGCUAGACUUAGAAUGACUCCAGGCAUAAUGAGGGAAAAGCAACGUCACUUAAUUGAUCAACAUAAGGAAAUUCAGCUAAAAGGCAGUCAUCUCAAUACUGGAGGUGGGAUCUCAUUAUGGCCUGACAUGAUUCAAAUGAGGCUGACUAGAUCAGAAAUUUUGUGGCUCCUAGCAGAAGCAGUGACUUUAUGCUGUCUAACUGUUGUGCUGCUAUACAUGCUACAUGGCGUGACCUUUGAAAAGCUUGAGAAAUUUGCAGUCCAAGUUGAAGAAUUCUGUGUUCCUUUUAGUUUUGUAGAGACAACUAACCAAAAACAGUUUCAAAAACAACUUGUAGCUUGGCACAAAAAAAUCCUGCACUUAACAGGCAAUAUUCAAAAUCAUUUUGAUAUGUCAUCUAUGUCAAGCAGCUAUCAAGUGUACAUUACAACAUAUAUUAUGGGACUCCUCAUCCUGCUUUAUUAUCUAAUGGAUAAUAUGCUGGCUAAGAAUAAGCUAACUCCUUCUCGGAUAAAAAAGUGGACUUGUCUUCUUGUUGUAAUUGGUAGUUGGACAUCCAUGAUGGCCUAUGGGCUGUUUCUUGCCUACAUGUUGGAGAGGCAGAUAACAACUUGCAUACAACAAUUUUCUGCCACACUGGCAACCCUAGUGGCAGCUCCAUUAGAACUGGGACACUUCCAAGCUGUGCUACUGUACUGGCGCUCAAGGUUCCUGGAUAAUGCAUCGCAAGGACUGCUCAGUGUUUUUGGACUGAUAUCAGUUCGAGACCUGCUUUACUACCUUCAGUAUUAUAGUGUACCAAUUGCAACUGUCCUUUUGAGUCCAGUAUUUCAGUUAAUUUGUGCAUGUUUUACUAUAUACAGUCAAGGAGAAUAUAUGAAACCAGUAUCCUGACAAAAAGAGCUGGAUUUCUAAUCAGUAGUUUAUAUUAUUGUUAGACACUAAAUAAAGCCUAUAUAGAAUUAGUUUAGUUG